CAGUGCUUCUCUCGUGGGGAGGACAUGGCUCUGCUGUCUAACGUCACGGUAGCUGUGCUGCUCCUCGUCUUUGCUCUGUCAACAUGUUGGUACAUCAACCACGUGUGUGUCCAUCAGACCAGACUGGUUAGAUCAGACUACGCAAAGCAAAAUAAAACAAAAGCACACGAACGACUCGGUGAUAAUCCAACAACACUGCAGAAUAAUACAGUGGAAACAAGGGGAGUCCUCCCACAAAGUUUUAAAGAGGCUGAUACUUCCAGAGAGGAUGAAUGCACCAUGGCCCCAGAGGACCGGUUUGAUUGUGCCAGGGACCGGCUUCUGAGCCAGAGAGAGUGUGAGGAGAGGGGGUGCUGCUAUGCCCCUCUGCCUGAGUCUGCAGGACCACCUUGGUGCUUCUACUCCAGUUUGUACCCUGGCUACCAAAUGGGUCCCCUCACUCCCACCAUGCGAGGCAAGGAGGCCAGCCUGACCCGAGCCUCCCCCUCGCAUCUCCCCAGAGAUAUCUCCGCUUUACACCUAGAAGUCACGGAAGAGACUGCAGGCUGCUUACACCUCAUUUUAAAGGACCCAUCAUCUCAGAGAUAUGAAGUCAAACUUCCAGCUGGUGUUCAUCAAAGCAGAGCUGAUACUCAAGAUGUCCUCUAUUCCACUGAAUACCAGUCUGAUCCGUUUGGCUUCGUAGUGCGUCGCAAAUCCAAUGGAAGGGUGAUCAUGAAUACCACAGUCGCUCCUCUGCUGUUUGCUGACCAGUACCUGCAGCUGUCCACCGCACUAGCAUCCUCCCUUGUGUCUGGGCUCGGGGAGCAUUACACCUCCCUCCUCCUGGACCUUAACUGGACUUCUCUGACUCUCUGGAACAGAGACAUGGCGCCUCAUGCUGAUGCCAACCUCUAUGGCUCCCACCCAUUCUACAUAGUGCAGGAGGAGGAUGGCUUGGCACACGGAGCUUUCCUUCUUAACAGCAAUGCCGUCGAAGUGAUGUUGCAGCCGACCCCCGCUCUCACCUGGGUGGCCAUCGGUGGAAUCCUGGACCUCUACGUUUUCUUGGGUCCUGACCCUCAAAGUGUGAUACGACAGUACCUUCAGGUCAUUGGCUAUCCUAUGAUGCCUCCCUAUUGGUCGUUGGGUUUUCAUCUGUGUCGCUGGGGUUACACAACCACUAUUACUACCCGACAUGUGGCACAACGCAUGCACAAUGCAACGUUUCCCAUGGAUGUGCAGUGGAAUGAUCUGGACUAUGCAAAUAAGGACAGGGUAUUCACCUUUGACCCUUGGCGAUUUGGGGACCUCCCAGAGAUGGUGGAGGAAUUCCAUCAAAGAGGCAUGAAGUACAUCCUUAUCCUGGACCCGGGGAUCAGCAGCACCAGCCCCCCUGGAACUUAUUCGCCCUUUGAUGAUGGGCUGAAACGAGACGUCUUCAUUAAAAAUGCUACAGGACACAUCCUGAUAGGGAAGGUUUGGCCGGGUCCGACUGCCUUCCCCGACUUCACCAACCCAGAGACCAGGCGCUGGUGGGAGGACUGCAUCAGAGAUUUUCAUUCUAAAGUUCCUGUGGAUGGUCUGUGGAUUGAUAUGAACGAACCAGCCAGCUUUGUGCAGGGCUCAGUGGAGGGCUGUCCUGACAGUGAUCUGGAGAACCCGCCCUACACACCCAGGGUGGUUGGAGGCCAGUUGAACUCGGGAACUCUUUGUAUGUCGGCUCAGCAGAAGCUGUCCACCCACUACAACCUGCACAAUAUGUACGGACUGACUGAAGCCUACGCCACGCACAGUGCUCUCAUGAAGGUACGAGGGAAGAGACCCUUCGUCCUGUCUCGCUCCUCCUUCCCUGGCAUCGGACGCUUCUCUGGAGUGUGGACAGGAGACGUCAGGAGCGACUGGGAGCAGCUUCGAUACUCCAUCCCUGGUGAGGAGAUGUCAUAACACUGUGUU